GUCUCCAGGAAGAGAAGAGUUAAACCUGACGGACCGGCCCACUGCACAGAUCAGCCCUGCCCUUUGUACACACCUCUGGCAGGUAAAUAAACCUUAAAGCGGAAGUGCUCUACUGGAGGAAGACGCUGUGACUGUGCCAGGACUCCGGUGUGAGUUCAGCCGUUGUGAAGAUUCGUGGGUUAUAAUAUUAAGAAAUCAUUUUGAAUUGAUGCCUGUUCCAAGACAUUGGAGAUAUUGGAGAUAUUCAAUGAUAUUCGGAUGUAUGGUGUAAAUGGCCUUCAAGAGCCGGAGUGAACUGUAAACCAAAAAUGGCGGGAUCUCUGAAGGUAAACCUUAAACCGGACUCUUUAGAGGGCAAACACAUCGAUCCUGUAGGCUUUCUUGCUUCACGGAAGACUCCAGAAGACAAAAAAAAGGUAAGAAGUGUCGACUUCUAUGAACUGGAUGUUGUAAAAAAUGACUUAGAGGAGCCCAAGACCACCAGCAAUGUGAGGUGUGAAGUUACAGAAGAUAAGGACAGAGAAAAUCUAGAAGACAAGAAGGACGUGGACAGUGCGCAGAGCAAUCAACCUCAAGAAAACAAAGAGUCUUCCAACUACUUUGACCAGACUCAACCAUCAUCACCGAAACUCUGUAGGAUAAAGAGUAGCCCAACAUGUCCGUGCAAGGAGUGUGUAGAAAAUUACUUGAAUCUGAGAGAUACCACUGAAGAACCAAAUGUGGACGAAGAGAAGAAAGACAAGGCAGUGAAUCUGAGAGAUACCACUGAAGAACCAAAUGUGGACGAAGAGAAGAAAGACAAGGCAGGGAAUGUGAGAGAAAACGCUGAAGAACCACUGGUUGAUGAAGAGAAGAAAGAUGAGGCCACACCAGGUGUAGACCGUACUUCAGUAAGAAGCAGAAGGGUCUCAGAUACCUCCAGACACACAGACUCCUCUGAAGAUGAUUUUUUGGGCACCAGGUGUGAAGAUGCCCAGGUGACACUACCCUACCCUGAUAAGAACGAACCACCUGAGUGUAUUGCAAGGCUGAGCAACGCAGGCUUAUACGACCCAAGUGAAGAGCGCCCAGGGAAGACUGGAGACGAGGAUAAGAUUUCACAGGUGGUUAUUAAUACGGCAUUUUUUGUUGAACACCCUGCUCUGGAGGAACAGAAGAACGUCCGGAUGGUUGAGUAUGAUAAGGUGGACGUGGAAAAAGGAGAUCCUGAGAGUGAGCCCCUAAUGCGCCUCGCCCGAAGGUCAGUGGAAAAAGAGCCCGUAUAUCCAGGCUUUUGUCAGUGCCACAAAGCCUGCCUGAAACUUGUUGGCUCGUUUGUCCUCGCCAUGAUUAUUUUCCCAGCCUUCCUUUUGGCGGCGUACGCAUGGCUGCCAUUUGAUGCCCCACUCAUCCCGGAUGUGCCGACCAGACUGGUGUACACUCUGCGAUGUUCGGCCUUUGCCUCAUUCCCCAUCGUACUGGGCGUUAUAAUCCACGGGAUCUCACGUCUCUGCGCCUCUUCCUACGAUCCAUUCAAACCUCGGGAGCGAGAGGUGACCAUCCACAGACGCUUCGUGAAGCAGAGCACCUUCCUCUUCGUCUUGUUCUUCUUCAACCUCUCAGUGCUGGCCACUUACCUGCCCCAGAAACAUCUGAAGUUUAUCCCACUCCUCACCUGUCUCUUCUCCUUGUCCCAGCUGAUUUACUGGCUAUCCUUUGCCGUUGGACGAUCGUUCCGAGGUUUCGGUUACGGCCUGACCUUCCUGCCUUUGCUCAGCAUGCUGAUAUGCAAUCUCUACUAUAUGUUUGUCAUCGAGCCGGAGAAAAUGGUCUUUCUAGGAAGCAGGGUUGUACCCCAGCACUGAUCACAGACCGCUGUAUGUAACGUUAGUAUGGCCUCCUCACCUCCUGAGCCAACGGUAGGUUAGCGUAGUGAGCGAUACAUGGCAUUACAAGCAACCACCGAUCCUUGGAUGAAGCCACUUCUCUACUUUUGCAGAUAUCAUGAUAAUGACCCCCAAUGUCUAUAAUUGUCUCUUUUUGUGACACGGUGGUCUCCUCCCAUCGCCAUGACGUGCAGGGAAGCGACUACCAGUCUAACUGACCACUAUCAGGGCUUGCUGUGCAUGUACGGUGGGCUAUCCUUGAUAGGAACGGUAUACACUCUUCUGUUACGAGCAAAAUGGUGCCCCCUGGUGGGCAAAUGAUUGUGGAAGAAAAUCAUUUUAGAAGCACUGAGCACAGUGUGGUGGAACGUCUGACAGAAGCAGCGCCGCGAUGCGUCAUGAACUGGCGGAUCCUGUAAUCUCCUCGUGUCCCAUCAUGUCUGCUCAUUAGUAUGCGUGACUUGCAGGCUUUGUGAUUUUGGGAAGGGUAUCAUUACGCUAAAGAACAUUGCAGGUUGCGACAACGGUUAACCCUUUGACAGCCCUAUGAACGAAAUGUUGUCUCUGCCAGUCUGUGCUGUGGCUUACCUGAUGCCGGGGCUCCUCUGACUCUCUGCGGAUCGACAGCAUCAACUAGUUAUUAUUUAUUAGAAGCCGCGACUCCAGAUGUGAAUAAAAUGUAUUAAUGAUCA